AUGCACCACUUUUUUCUCGUGCGCUUUGCUGAUAAGGCGGCGUCGAUGACUUUGACUGACGCCAAGGUGGACUGCAAUCACGGGGUGUGGAACACGAUCACGCACACCUGUGAUUGCGACGCUGGUUGGACCACCGACCGGCUCCACCAAGACGUACUGGGCGGCAACUAUGUCUACUGCAACAGUCGAGCGUCAACCCCGGCACCCAGUAACUCCAGCGCCGCCACUGCAUCUUUUUUGGCAGGCAAGAGUACCCUGAUCAUCAUUGUGGUCUUUGCUAUUGUAUUGAUUGCGUCAUGCGGGGUCGUCGCAUUUUGCUGCUACCGGAAGGGACGGCGUCUCGUCGCGGAAAAGGCGAAGCAGUCGGCGAUCCUGGCAGCUGCAACUGAGAAGGAAGAAGCGCGACGUCAAGAAGAGAUGCAGGUACAGGCGGGAGCAGCAAUCCAACAAAUGUGGGCUGCUCAGCUAGAGUUGCAGCGUCAAAAUCAAGCGAAGAUGGACCAGGUUAUGAACAUGAAUACCGUGCCGACCACCUUGAACUCACAGCUCUCGAUACCAUCGUCACACCAUCUGCGGCACCGACAUGAGAUGCUUUCGCGGCAGCAGGGCGAGGCUACCACCGCGUGUGACGCCGACUACGAGGGUGGAAACUCGCUGGCAGAUGCCUUUGACCGACGGAGUUCACAGGAGUCAUUCGUGCUGCACCCUAGUUACUACCGCCGCGGAGCAACGCCACCGACCGCGGGCGGGUACACCAACUGCCCCGAAAUUCCGCUGUCGUACUACACGACUACAACAACGGAGGCACCGUGGAGAGCAGUGAAAUCUCCUCAGUAUCUGCAACCCACCUACCGUUCUUCUCCAUUUUGA